UUUACAUAAGUCUCUACUUUGAGUGAGUGUCAGGGUAUAUUAAGAUCCCUAUGAGGUUUCCCUCCAUAGCCGGAUAUUCGUUUAGAGGAAACUAUCCGUGACCCAUCGCCAUCUCCCGAUAUGCCUCGACGCCAAAACAACGCGGAAGCGGCCUUGCAUGACCAAAGCAACCGCCUCUCGCUCGGGCAGCUCAUCCUCGUCCUGUGCACCCUCUCAGGCUCGCUCCUCGUGGUAUUCAUUGACCAGAACGCCAUAGGAGUGGCGCUUCUCACCAUCAGCAGGGACCUGGGGGCCGAGAGCACGAUCGCCUGGGCUGGAGCAGCAUCCUUGAUUGGAAACACAAUGUUUUCGGUUUUGUAUGGCCGUCUGUCCGAUAUUUUCAGCCGAAAAACCGUGUAUAUCGCCACCUUGGUUUCCCUUUGCAUCUCCGACCUGCUGUGUGGAUUUGCACAGAAUCCGACCAUGUUUUACGUCUUCCGAGGAUUUGCCGGCACCGCAGGGGGUGGAGUCACUUCGUUGACUACGAUCAUUGUUUCGGAUAUCGUGGCCCUCGAGGAUCGAGGCAAAUACCAAGGGAUCCUCGGAUCGAUUAUUGGUCUCGCCAACGUCACCGGCCCUUUCAUCGCGGCUGUCUUUGUUGAAAAGUCCACCUGGCGAGGAUUCUUCUACCUGAUCGCCCCAAUCUCCGGUUGCGGAGCAGUGGUGGCCUAUUUUCUGGUGCCGAAUAAGAUGACGACCAAGGAUAUUUGGAAAAGCCUGGGUAUCAUUGACUACCUCGGGGCUGUGACCUCUUCGUUGGGUGUUAUCUUUCUGCUGAUCCCAGUGUCUGGAGGGGGCGAUUACUUCGCAUGGGACUCCGCCCUCGUCAUCAGCAUGUUGGCAGUUGGUGGCUUGAUGCUGGUAUUGUUCAUUGUCAUUGAAUGGAAGGUGGCUGUUCUGCCGAUGCUCCCUUUAUCCUUCUUCAAGAAUCGAACCGUCGCCGCCCUUCUGGUACAAACUUUCCUGUUAGGCGCGAGCUAUCAGUCUUAUAUGUACUACCUCCCUCUUUAUUUCCAGAAUGCGCGGCAGUGGUCUCCGUUCGUAUCCGCAGCGAUGAUAUUGCCCAUGGUGAUUCCUCAGUCACUUGCUUCCAUCUCCGGAGGACAAUACAUGUCCCUGGUUAAGCGAUUUUCCGAGGUCUUGUGGACUGGCUAUAUCCUUUGGACUCUGGGCGCAGGCCUUGCGUUGUUGUUCAACAACCAAACUAGCAAAGGGGUGAUCGCCGGAGUCCUCAUUGUCAUCGGGCUGGGAAUUGGCUUCACCUUCCAGCCUGGCCUGAUCGCCAUUCAAUCCCAUGUCACGCUGGUGCAACAAGCGGUCGUCAUCCCUGAACGGAAUUUCUUCCGCUGCUUUGGGGGCGCCUGUGAAGUUGCCAUUUCGGCCGCCAUUCUACAGGAGGGUCUGAAGGCGAAUCUUCCUGACCGAGACAAGUACCUCGCGGAUUCCACGUACACAUUGCCGUCGCGAUCCGGCAUCCCCGAGCAAGACUGGACGGGUAUUCUGAAUGCAUAUGCACGUUCUUCCCACGAUGUGUUCAUUCUGCAGGUUCCCUUGAUGGCGCUCUGCUUGCUGAGCUGUGUCCUUGUUCGCGACGAUGGUCUGCAGACUAAAGAUGGUCGGGCUCAAAGACAGCACCAGCUCACUCCGAACAACCACCGUCGGAUGUCCGAUGAGGAGACCGGCUCGCACACUGUUGGGAAUGAAGGCAAGUGAUGUGGGAGGCCGGUAUAUGGUAGGGCCAUAAUAAAGACUUCGGUCCUCAACAAGGGUCGUCAUAUUCCACCCGGCAAGAUGCGGUAGUCUGGAUUGGUAUGAGCUAUACAACAUCAAAUCCAGCUGUCGAUCUCCCCUCACGUAAGCUUGAUUAAAGCGGGUUAGCGUGUGGCGCUGCACUCGGAAUCGGAAUAAAUCCCCCCACGUCCCCGAGUCGGAAUAAAGGGCCCGGAAUGCCAUUGUGCAAGUAACGAGACUGCU